AUGGACUUGCUCGGACUCUACUUCCUGCAGCUGGCUGUCAUCGGAGUUCCACGCCUGGUGCUCUCUGCAGGUGGAAGGGACUGUCUACGUGCUGGAGACACUUGCUCCAGCGAUGACGCCUGCAGCCCACGGCUGCGCACUCUCAGGCAGUGUGUUGCGGGAGAUGGCAGCAUGAAGCUAAGGCCUGGGGCCAGAAACCAGUGUGAGAACGCCAUGACAGCACUUUUGUCCACCCCGCUGCACGGGUGCCAGUGCAAACGAGGGAUGAAGAGAGAGAAGAACUGCUUGAGUAUUUACUGGAGUCUUCAUCAGUCUGUGCUGCAUGGGCUCAGCUUGGUUGAAAGUUACCCCUAUGAACAAGAAGAAAAGGGCUUUGACUACGUUCGCCUGGCCUCCAUCGCUGCAGAAUCUGAGGUAACAACAGUGAACCUCUGCCUGGACGCUGCCAAAGCAUGUAACAUAGAUGAGACAUGUCAAAAACUUCGUACAGAGUACGUCUCAGCCUGCAUUCAGCCAUCAGCUCGCUCAGGGCCAUGUAGUCGACCAAAGUGCAACAAGGCGCUCAGAAAGUUCUUUGACCGUGUUCCCCCUGACUACACCCAUGAGCUGCUGUUCUGUCCCUGCACUGAUACAGCAUGUGCCGAGCGCCGCAGGCAAACCAUUGUGCCAUCUUGCUCCUAUGAAGAGAAGGACAAGCCCAACUGCCUGGUUCAACUACGGAUCUGCAAGGCAGACUAUGUUUGUAACUCCAGAUUGUCCAAAAAAAAAAAAAAAAGAAAUCUAUCACAGCAGUCUCACUGA